GGAAGUGGCCAUGCUUAUGUUUAACGAGCUAUUCAGUAAACCAGACCACACUUUCAGAUGCCAGGUUUGAUCUGUAUAAUUUUAAUUAUCCUUUUUAUUAUCACCAUUAAACCUAUUAUUAUCAUUAUUAUUGUUAUUUUCUUGAUAUCAUUAUAUAUCUCCUCAUGAAUUAAAUAACUGCUCUAUAACAUGGAUUGAAAGCAUUUGGUUUAUUAUCUGCUAUAUAAGUCUAUGGUGAGUAAACUGUGGAUGACUUCCAAUAAAGUAAAGUACUUUGUGCAGGUAUAAUCACAUGAUUCGAAUUGGAGUGUAGUAUAAAUAUACACAUUGAACAUUGAAUUUUCUAAAAUUUACCAGUUCUCAAAAAUUUAUUCCAAAUAGCACAGGAAAAAAAUCAUGUGAUUACUUACCAAUAAUGUAAAUUAAAAAUUGCUGAGUUACCCCAUAAAAGUAGCACAGAGGCAAAGCUCUCAAAUCAUAUGUAAAGCUCAAAAUAAUUUCCAGCUGGUGCUGGUCAAGUUGUUCAGUCAAACCAAUUGUUUGCUGGGACACCAAUGUUUGGCCAGAUAAAUGUCCAUUGUAUCAGAUCUCAAUAAAUCCUUGUUCCUCCCCCCUCUAGUAUAUUUUUCUGGCAUUUUCUCUCCUCUGCUAAUAUUGCACUGUUGACCAUUUUCUCCACUUUACUAAUGUUCUGGUUUGGUAAUAUCUGCCUUUUCCUACAUCUAGGCAGUUUGGAAAGCUGCAAAACUUUAGAAUAAAAGUUCAUCAACAAAUGCUUUUCAUCCAGCCAAUUUAUUCUUGUUUUUCUCAUUACCAUGUUCCCAACAAUGGCAUAGCUCCAUUUUCUACAUAUAAACACACACACACAACCCACAAUUCCUCUACUCACUCUGAUGAAGGGCUACCACUCCAAAUGUCAGCUUUGAAACUCUUAACAGUGGCCAAUUUAUUUUAUCAACUCAGUUGAUAAUAACAAAUUACCUUGCUAUACUCUCCCACUGACACAGCACCACAGUCUUCAGAAACUUACCCUCUAAACCUACUACACCAAACUACACCGAACUACACCUGCUACAAUUACUGCACCAAACUACACUAGACUACACAUACUGCACCAAACUACCCUUACUUCUCAAACUAUUUGAUUUUAUGAUAAAUGUUAUAGUUUUUCCUUAGAUAGUGUAAAACCUUGUUUCAUAUUUGUGAUGGUAAUCAUGGAUCUAGUAUAAUUAUAAUCUGAUCAAGAUUCCUCAAAAAAGAGUUAUGCAAUUUUGGAGUAAAUUAGAUAUAUUCAUCUCAAAGUUUCUAGGAACUACAAAGGUCACAAAUUCACCGCCACAAGUGGAGGCUUUCUUGAAAGAUAUGGUAAUACACCCCUGACAUGUUAAACUGAUUAGCUCUUUGAUUAGUAUUCAACCAACUCGCCCCCAGGGACCAACUUGCUCAUGCAUAAAAUCACUUCAAUAAGCUCAUUACAGAUUUAGACUUGUUUCAGUUUAGUUUUGAUGUUUUUGGCAGCUGGUAAUUACCAUCACAUUCAAACAUUUAGAUGCUAUGGAUGCUUUCCAACACCUUUGGGACACUUAUUACACUGCAGAAUUGUAUAUUUCUUCAGUAGGAAAGCUGUUAUUUUAUUUACAUGUUACACUUUUGUGUUGUUUUGUUUGUUGUGUUACAUAAUUUGGCCAAAGAAUCAAAGCAAUAAUUGUUCGGGGAUUUAGAUCUCAGUAUGUAAGUGUUCAUAUGUAAUGGUAUGCCAGUUGCUGGACACUUUGGUUUGGUAAUAUCUGUGAAUAUUAUUUAUUAAAUGGAUAUGAGAAGGAUCUUUGCCAGAAUAAACACUAUUUCAAGGGAAAUAGAAAAGUAAUUUUACAUGUGGGUGGGUUGGUGUGGGCAAUUAGUUCAUGGGUGAUUUGACUGUUAAUUUCACUCACAUUUUACAAGCUAAUCAAAUUACUGGGUUAGACUGUAACAUGAAUUGUGUUAAAUUUAGUACUUGGAUCAAACUUAAGACCUUAUUAUUUACAGACAGCUGAUGAUCACAUGUUGGAUCCCAAAGCUGUAAUGUUCAACAUGUCAACAUAUUGUUAUACAAGCUAAAUUGUUAAAAAUGGUUUCAUAAUUGAUUCUUUUAUGGGUCGGUCUUUCAAUACUUUUUUGCUCCUAAUCUCUUUAAAGAAUUAUAUCACACACAUGCCCAUCAAUUUUUUCAUGAUAAUUAAUGAUGGUGUGAUGGAAAGACUACAGCUAGCAAGACACAUGUCUAAUUUUACAUUUAUGCACCUGCAACUUUUAAGAAAAGAAUGGUAAUGCCAAUUUUUUAAUAUUUAAUUGCAAUCAGCAUAUCAAGGUUCACCUUGUUCAAAGUUACCUUUAAACUCCCUUCACAUGUUGCUGUUUUGUUAAUAUUCAACAAGUAUUCACAGAAGGUUAGGAGAGUAUCAUUGUACAAUAUUCACUGAGUGUAAGGUGAAUAAUUGUUUUAGUACAAUUGCUUGUAAAUGCAUUUGAAAUCUCUUGUAAAUGUUUGUUUUGAUGUUGAACCCAUUCUGUUUCAAUUGUUUUGAUUACUCAUAUUGAAAUAGAGUCAGUUCCCACUAGGAUUUGAUAGGUUCAUUAAAUUCACUUGGCAAAAACUUCAUGUCUUUAUUUUAAAAAGUGUUACUCCAAACUUGUGCACUUCCUCUGUAACACUGACAAAACCUGAGGCAGCCAUUUUGAAAUUUAGUGCUCCUGCUAUAAUCACCUAAAAGAAGAUAUGAUGCAAUCCUCUACCAAUCAGAGGGUGUACAUCUCUAUAAACACUGGAGCGAUUAUAGUAAUAUUAAUUAUGUUAAGUGUGUGAGGUAACAUUGCUAAACUCAAAACUGCAUUGUAACUGAAGUUUUAAAACACUCAGUGAAGUAUGUUCAGAACCAUCUUAAAUACAUUACAUUGUUGCAGAAUUAAGGUGGCACUGAGACCACAACACACCUGUAUUUUGAACUUUGCAAAAACAAUCAAAUUCAAUAUGUUAAUGUAAACAUUAGGGGCUCACACAUACCUGGGUUUAUGUACCUGUAACAUUUAUGUUUGGGAGCAGAACAUGUGGUUUAUUUAUCAAAUGCAUGAAUAUAAAUUUGGCAAGGGCUGCAAACUUUUCAUGCAUAAAUUAAUCUGUGAUUGCUUAAUGUUGCUGUUAUUGAAAUUCAUCUUUGUAGGCAAGGACGGCAGGUCUUAAGGCAGGAGGGCAGAUGCCAUAUUGUGAACUAUGUAUUUCCAGGACUUGUGUCUGGACAAAGCAAAAGAUAUCCAGAGUAAGAGAACAGAGUUUAGAAUUUAUUUAUCAUAAUAUUGUAUAAAUUUUAUCUAGAGAAUUUAAACCAGUCCUCAAAUCCAAUCUCAAUUUUUUAAAGUCUAUCUACUUUGUCAGAAUUUGUGCUGCAAACUUGCUUAUUUGAAUUAUAUCACACAAUGAUCAGAAGGUCAUAGUUAGGUUCUCUAUAGAGAGGUUCUCUAUAGAGGUGUCCUCUUGGAUAUCUUAGAAAUCAUCUUCUAGAUGUGCUUCAACUUUUUCUUUGGCCAUAUUUUUGUAGGUUAGAGAGUAUAUCCGUCACAUCAGUAGAAUAUCAUUCACUACUCAAGAUCCAGAUGACAAAACAGUAUUUGGCUAUGUGUGCAGACCAGUUAACCCCUUUGAAAACAAUAAUGAGCUUUAUGCUUUUAAGUCCGAAGAAGUAAGUAAAACCAAAAAGGGCCUUGUGAUAACUUAGCUGAAUUAUUAGGAAUUCAUAUAGCCUUUUUAUUUAUGGAUGAGUUUAGACUAGGAAUCUUGUCUUCUUUAAAGAAAAACAAUAUGCAAGACUAGGCUUUGAACUUUGUAGGGGUUCUUUCAUCAGAACCAAUUAAGGUUGCCCGGUGAUUAAGAUGUCAGAUAGAGAGAGCUCAAGUUGUGAAAGCAAAUGGAUUUGUUUCAAGGAUUGCAGAGUGGUAGCAUAUAUAUUAUCUUAGAAUGGAGUCAUGUUUGACAGACAACCCCUUGGAAAUAAGUUUGAUUUGAUCCCUAGGACGUCCCUUGGCGCGGUUCUGUCUCUACAGGAAUUAGUAUUAAUCUGUUUGGUACUGAUGAGUAGCACAGUCACGCCGCCAUUUUGGACUCAAGUGCCUUUGCUAACGAAUAUCUUCGGGAAGGUUUAACCUCUAAAUCUCCCACUUUCCACAAUAUAAGCUUAGUUAUCCUACUUCAUUUUGGUGUAAAGAAAACAAGGUUUGCGACAAAGUGAAAAUUGUAAAAAAUAAAUAUUUCCUGAAAAUGCGUGAAUUUCUGGGUGUAACGCGUAACAUGAAAUGUAUCAGACGGAAGAAAAAAAAUGAAAUAUCUCAAUAUAGAACGCACGUGGGGCCACUAGUUUUUGGCCGUUAGUAGUUUAUGACAAAAGCAACAGGCAGUAUGAUUUGCAACAAGAAUGGUUUAUUCUAACGCAAGUUAUAAACGUCUGUUUUUAUCACUGGACAAUGUAACGCUCGCAACUAUUAAAACAACCAUAGUGUGCAAAACUAGCAAUAAUGAUAAUUUCGACUGUGUAAGCAACAAACUAAUAACAAAAAUGUAAUGGGCAUACAUCAUAAUAUUUACAAACCAACGCUGAAGUUUAAUCGUCAAGUAGAAUGUUUUCCAGAUCAAAAUAAAACGCGCGGAUAUUGAGCUUAAUUCCAUCACAUAUCCACCAGUAGAUCCGUUGUCAGACGCGAUUCUUGUUAAGUUGAGUAAACAAGCUCACCUCUCCUGGAAUGGGCUUGUAUUAAGCUAAAUUUACAGGACGUUUCAACCCAUUUCGUUAGAUCUAACGCUAGAAAUUUAUGUUUGAUCGACGCGGAAACACUUUCCGCCAUUGCUGCCGUGUUCAUGAACCGUAACGAAGGAAAGUGACGAAGGAAUAUGGCGAAAAACACCACCAAAACUUCCACGAAAUCCGCUCCUUCGCAGCUUCUCUUUGAAAGCACAUGGUUCGUUUACACAGACAAUAACAGGGGAGUCCAUACAGAGUUUGCUGGGCAAGAUUAUUGCAUAACAAUGAAAUGUAAAGCGUUUGUACAUGCUGCUACUGUCCGUCACAUUUGCGGUGACCUACCAGUCAGAAAGAGUGGACGAAAGUCUAUUUACAAACUCCCUUUAAAAGAAAAUGAGGAAAUCAUUGCUUCAAUGUGAACUAAUAAUUACAAAACCUCUUUUUUUCCAUUUUUACAUUGAUUUUCUUAAGAUUUUAUGAAAAACCAAAAAUGUGCCACGCCCACAAGGGAUUGUGGGUAAUACCAAAAUUAGUGGUAUUAAUGCAAAAUAAUAAAAAUAUUUACAGAUAUUGAUUACAAUGUACAUUUUGAUCAAAAUUAAAGUCAAAAAGUGAUAAAAAGUGAAAAAAUAAAAAAAUAGUUAUUUUUGAACUAUGUUACAGCAAAUGGCUAUGUGACUGUGCUACUCAUCUUCUCAGGUUGCGUUAAAAUAGCAAAAUAACUCCUUUUCACCGUAGCGGUGAAGGUUUUAAACUUUAAGAAAAAAAGGCCGUGAAUCGACCAGAAUACCUGCAGACACUGUAAUUUCAGAAGUACAAAGAAAUUUUUUAUGACAUCAUUACAUUUGAACCCCAAAAAGUUAUCUUCCUUUGCCAAAGUUCUACGGAAGGAAAGGUAUUCCAUGUGAUACCCAAAUCAGACAGACAUAUUUCAGCAAACGCAUAAACAUUUGAGAAUGAAGGGUUCAUACGUUCUUAGUUACACAUUUCUCUUUGAUGAUUUACGAAUGUAUCGGCCAUUUUUGAAAAUGAAGUUACUAGCCAAUUUGUUUGGUGCAGUUUUACCCCUUGUCUUGGGGGUGAAAUUUUUUUCUUCAGACAAAAACCCUUCAUUUAUUAUACAGAUUACAACUUUAAGACUCUCAAGUGCAUGUCUCGAUGAGUUGCGAGCUUUUAAUGUAUUGCAUAACGUUUUUGCUCUUCAGGCCGAGGUUAUCAUUAAAACCUUGCGGAAAUAUAUAGGACCUACGACUAAUAUCAUGAGAGAGGCGACCAGAUCAUUAGAUGGUAUGUACUACUGA